AUGACAGUUGCCACCAAAGAACACAGCAAGAUAGAAGCAAUGAGUGAUAAGGAAACAAACUACAUAGAAGAGCUUCUUACGAAAUUAAAGAACGAGCUUAAUAAAGAUGUUCUAUCUGGGGAUAUUAACGCAUUAUUAAGGAAAUGUUCAUUGAAUUUGGUGACUAUUGCCACCCUUCCAGACAUGGAUGUCAAACCACUUCUGGCGACAAUCAAGCGCCUGAUAACAUCGAACGUCUCCGACGAUGUGCUAAACUACGACUAUCUGUUAGAUAUACUGGACAAACUAGUGCCCAUGAUUGAUUUUGAUGAGGUGUUAGAAAUUUAUAGUGCCGAGGAUUUAAUAAAGGCCUUAGAAUCAGAGAUAGAUCUAUUAAGUGUGGCAGCAUGUAAGAUUAUCGAGAAUUCUCAACCAAAGGGUUUAUUUGCCACUACUAAUAUUAUUGAUAUCCUUUUGGAUAUUCUUUUCAAUGGGAAACUGGGAAAUGAUAAUCUUACUGGGUCCAUCGAAAAAGUUUUUGAAAGAUUAAGCUCAGACGAAUUAAUUAGACGUCGGUUGUUUGAUAACAAUUUACCGUUCUUAAUAGAUGUGAAGAACAAGAUGGAAACAGUCUCUUUUGUUAGAUUGAUCGAUUUUUUGACUAUUGAGUUCCCGUUCAUCAAUGGUCCUGAGUUUAAAGAAGCUGUAUUUUGCUUUACUAAAGAAGAAGUCCUGAAAUCCGUGGAAGACAUUUUUGCAUUUAUCGAACUAGUCAACUAUUAUACCAAGUUGAUGUUAGAUAUAAGAGGACAGGAUAAAUAUUGGGCCUUAAAACACGUUGAGCAAACAUUGCCAAUUUUUGCUAAACUUUUUGAAGAUACAGAAAAUUAUCCAGACGUCAGAGCAUUCUCUAAGAACCGCUUGUUGCAGUUAUUUGCAGAGAUUUCCCGGAUUGACGAAGAUGAGUUUGCUUUCUUCAAGACUAUCGAUAAAGACUAUCUGAAGAUUGGAUCUGAAACGAAACUGAUAAACGAGUGGUUACAAUUGAUCAAUCCGCAGUAUUUGAUAAAGAACCAUAAGGAUCUGGUUGUAAACCGUUUCCGUAUCAGCGGUUACAGUAUGGAAGUGCUGAGAAAUCUCGUAACAGACAAAGAAUGUUUUGAUUCAAUAAAGGACAAAUUUAACUCUGAAAUUAUUCUAAAAUUGCCAUACUUGGAACAAAUGCAAUUAGUGGAAGCGUUGACGAGAUUUGCAUAUACUUCGAAGUUUCUAAUCAAUGAAUUACCUAAAGUAAUGUCUAGUCUAAUAGGCGAUGGGAGCGCUAAUACUAUUGUAGACCUGGAAACGAUACACUAUAGAAAUUCUGCAUUGAUAAAUUUAUUAAACAUGGGUGAAAAUGAUUUGAAUAUAUGGUUUACACCUUUAAUGGAAGAAUACUCCACGGCGAUUAAUGGUAAGAAAUAUUCCAAAGGCGGUGAAACUAAGAUUGCAGAUGAUUACAUAGCAUAA